AUGAAGUCCAAAAUCUACAUUAAGUAAUUCAUUAGACUUAAGGCUUACGUUGAUGUUGAUUUUGUUUAAGUCAAUGAAGACUGCUCUAGUAUUACAUCUAUGAAUUAUUAUAUCACUUUACAUUGAAGCUUUAACUUAUCUACUAUCUCUUGUAAACGGUGGUGAGUGAGCUUGGAAGUGGAGGGUUUAGCCAUGGCUGCAGGAUUGAGCAUAACAAGUGAAGGUAGCCAAUACAACGGCAGAAUGACCUCUUUUGUUGUUCUAUCUUGUAUGAUGGCUGCUAUGGGAGGAGUCAUUUUUGGUUAUGAUAUUGGAACCUCUGGUGGUGUCACAUCAAUGGAACCAUUCCUCAAGAAAUUCUUCCCAGAAGUGUAUAGAAAGAUGAAAGAAGACACAAAGAUUAGCAAUUACUGUAAAUUUGAUAGUCAACUGCUAACCUCCUUCACAUCGUCACUAUAUAUUGCUGGCCUUGUUGCUUCCUUCUUCGCCUCAUUGGUCACAGGAGCAUUUGGGCGGAAACCGUCAAUUCUUUUAGGAGGUGCAGCCUUCCUUGCCGGCGCAGCCCUUGGUGGUGCUGCUUUUAAUGUUUAUAUGCUAAUAUUUGGCCGUGUCUUGCUCGGAGUUGGUGUCGGUUUUGCUAAUCAGUCAGUGCCACUUUAUCUUUCCGAAAUGGCACCACCGAGAUAUAGAGGGGCAAUCAACAAUGGCUUCCAAUUCAGUGUUGGCAUUGGAGCACUGUCUGCUAAUCUCAUAAACUAUGGGACUGAAAAGAUAGAAGGCGGUUGGGGUUGGAGAAUCUCUCUGGCUAUGGCUGCAGUGCCAGCUUCAAUUCUAACAAUAGGUGCAAUUUUCCUCCCAGAGACGCCUAACAGCUUGAUUCAGCGCACCAAUGACCAUGAAAGAGCUAAACUUAUGCUGCAACGUGUUCGAGGCACCAGUGAUGUCCAAGCAGAACUUGAUGAUCUCAUCAAAGCUAGCUCUAUCUCGAAAACUAUGAAACACCCAUUUAAGAAGAUUAUGCAAAGAAACUACAGGCCUCAACUAGUAAUGGCAAUAGCCAUACCGUUCCUUCAACAAGUAACAGGAAUAAACGCUAUUGCAUUUUAUGCUCCAAUACUUUUCAGGACAAUUGGAUUCGGUGAAAGUGCUUCACUUAUGUCUUCAGUUGUAACAGGGGUUGUGGGAACUUUAUCAACCUUUAUAUCAAUGCUUGUAGUUGAUAAACUCGGAAGAAGAACACUGUUUCUAUUUGGGGGAGUGCAAAUGUUUGUGUCGCAAAUUAUGGUUGGAGGUAUUAUGGCAGCUGAAUUAGGUGAUCAUGGCACUAUAGGCAAAGGGUAUGCUUAUAUAGUUUUGAUUUUGAUCUGUAUUUAUGUGGCUGGAUUUGGAUGGUCAUGGGGUCCUCUUGGCUGGUUAGUUCCUAGCGAGAUUUUUCCGCUGGAGAUUCGGUCAGCAGGCCAAAGUAUUGUGGUGGCAGUGAGCUUUCUUUUUACUUUAAUUAUUGCACAAACUUUUCUGUCUAUGCUUUGCCACUUCAAGUCUGGAAUUUUCUUCUUUUUUGGAGGAUGGGUUGUUGUGAUGACUGUUUUUGUGCACUUAUUGUUGCCGGAGACCAAGAAUAUGCCAAUUGAGAAAAUGGAGAUAGUGUGGAGGGAGCACUGGUUUUGGAAGAGAAUUGUGGGGGAAACUGUUGAAGGAAGUAAUAAGUUUGAAGCAGCUUGACGUUGAUAGAAUGGAUUACUUUUUCAGAUUUUAUCGUUGUACAAGUUCAUUUUAGUACUUUGCCAGAAAAUCAUAAUUUACUUUUGUUUACACUAGCUGAAGAAACCAGAAAGCUGUUGAAGGAAGUACUAAGUUUGAAGCAGCUUGACGUUGAUAGAAUGGAUUACUUUCUCAGAUUUUAUCGUUGUACAAGUUCAUUUUAGUACUUUGCUAGAAAAUCAUAAUUUACUUUUGUUUACACUA